AUGGAACAAAAUCGGCUUUACGCAUGAAGCAAUCGAUGACACCCAGUAAACGAGCUUUUGAGUUGGAUGUGGUAAUAACAGUGCUUAGUCAAUGGCCACAUCGAGUGCACAUUUACGACUAAGUCUGGCGCCUGGAGCCAACCGCGUUGGGUCCACGAGCCUUACCUAAAAGUCCACGGCCUGUCGCCGGCGCUUAAUUAUGGCCAGCAAGCAUUUGAGGGGUUACGCGUCUUUCGUAGCGAGUCAGGGAACAUCCAGCUUUUUCGCCUGGCGAGCCAUGCGGCCCGGUUCGCCCGCUCUGCCGCUGCCGUCGACAUUCCGGCCGUCCCGGCCGACUUGUUUGCCAAAUCGGUGCGGUUGGCCGUUCAACUCAACAGCGACUUUGUACCUCCGUUCGAGGGGGGCUGUUCCAUGUAUGUGCGUCCGGUGGUCUUUGCAAGCAGCCCGACCAUGAACAUGUACACGGCGGAAGAGUACACAUUUGCCAUUCUGGUCACGCCCGUCGGUCUGCUAUACGGAGCAACGGGUCUCAAAGCGUUGGUGGUGGAGGGAUUCGACCGUACGGCACCGAAAGGCACCGGCGCUUUCAAAGUCGGUGGGAAUUACGGACCCACCAUCCCGAUCAUGGGACGGGCGCGAAAGCAAGGUUACGGUUUGACACUCCACCUAGACGCCGAGACGCAGUCCUUCAUCCACGAGUUCUCUGCCAGCGGCUUCAUUGGAAUUAAGGCAGAGUCUGCGGAAACUGGCGCUCCGCCUACGAUGGUCAUUCCCAAGGACGAGCAUAUCCUCCCAAGUAUCACGGUCGACAGCGUUGGACAAAUUGCCCAGGCCCUUGGCUGGAAGGUGGAGAGGCGUCCCAUCCCGUUCACUGAGCUUGGCGACUUUUCUGAGGUCUAUACCGUGGGCACUGCAUCAUCGCUGGUGCCCGUAAGCGCCAUCGAGCGCGAGUCGACUGGCGAGCGGUUCGCGUUUACCGUCGAUGCGCAAUCUCCGCAAUCCGCUUAUGCCAGGUUGACAGACAGAUUGCAAGGCAUCAAGCGGGGCCUGUAUACGGAGCCAUGGGGCUGGGUGGAAGAACUCGAUGGCGUUGCUUUGCGCAAUGAUAUUGAGCGGAUCACCAAGACUGGGUUAGCGAAGUCUCCGGAGUAACUCUCGGUACCAAGGUCUUGAGACGGCGACCGACUCACGUGUGUUGGACUUAUAGGUAUCACAGGAGGCGGGUAGACAGCGACUGCGGCCAGUGGGUAGAGUUGGAUAGAGUUGCGCAUCGCUGAAGAUAGAUUGCUCUACCGAGCCCAUCAAGGUUACUUCCGCUCGAAAUACUCAGCAUCCGUCCAUAUGGGGCUUUGCUGUGUGCUGUCGUUUCUUAAAAACCGGGCCGGUGGGCAUCCCCUUGAACCCCACCAAGGAAUCCUCCGCGUCGUUUCCUGGUGGAAUCAUUAAGUGACUGGGUAGUAUGUCGUGAUUUAAGGAGACAGAUUCACGAGUAAGAUGCUUUG